UUGAUGUGGGCGCGUUGGUGAUGGUGGUGAUGUUGAUGUGGGCGCGUUGGUGAUGGUGGUGAUGUUGAUGUGGGUGCGUUGAUGAUGUUGGUGAUGUUGGUGCGGGUGCGUUGGUGAUGUGGUGAUGGUGGUGAUGUGGUGAUGGUGGUGAUGGUGGUGAUGUUGAUGUGGGCGCGUUGGUGAUGGUGGUGAUGUUGGUGAUGUGGUGGUGAUGGGGGUGCGUUGGUGGUGGUGAUGUGGGUGCGUUGGUAAUGUGGUGAUGUUUGGUGAUGUGGUGAUGUUGGUGAUGUUGAUGUGGGCGCGUUGGUGAUGUGGUGAUGUUGGUGAUGUGGUGAUGGUGGUUUCAGUUUUCAGUUUCAUGUAUUAGGAGGUAUAUCCCUGUGAGACGUUCGGCUCUUGACUCGGGUGCAACCGCAACAAACUAAAACAUGAACAAGAAAACAUCUUAAAGUGACUAUGUGACUGUGUGCAAACAGCAGGAUCCAGGAAAAGACCGCAAAAUAUUGCAGAAAAAGCACCGUACACCAACGCUGCGUCAACAACAACCACAACCACAAGACGCGUUGGUGAUGGUGGUGAUGUUGGUGUGGCGGCGUUGGUGAUGGCGCUGAUGUUGGGAGCCGUCCUGCUGCUGCUGGUGGUGGUGACGGCCACUGCAGGUGACUCGGAGGAGACUGGGCUUGUGCAGGUGACAAGGAGAGUUCUCAAGUCGGGCUUCCAUCGGGAGCUGGUGUCCGUCGUUUCGGGCCGGGGCCCGGCCCCGCAGCUGGUGCUGCUGCGGGAGACUCUCCCCGCCGGCCUCUACGCCGACCCCUACGAACUGUCGGGGUCGGAGUUCGCGAGCCGCUUCCAGGCCGACUUCCUGUCCCGCGUGGACGUGGAGGCUCCGGCCUCGCGCUCCGCUCCGCUCCGGCUCCUGCUCUUCAUCGCCGCCGGCGACGACGGUGACGACGACGCCGGCACCACCGGUGCACCCACCUGGACGGCCACCGUCUCGCUGCCCGUCCACCUGCGCUACCACGCGCCCGCACAGCUCAGGCGGCCGCCCCGCGCCCACGUGCUGAUCGACGGGCCCCUCGUCCUGCUGCCGUGCGACUCCCCGGGGCGGCCGUGCGAGGGGGCGUCUCCGCGUGACGUCACCGAGGCCUCCUGCUCGGCCACCAAUCGAACGGUUUGCCGGUGGAGGAGAGCCGCCAUCGUCACCCAGCAGGAGGAGGGGGGGGGCAGCCCGCUGGCGCUCUCGGUGCCCGUGGGCAGCCUGGACCACGAGCCGGCUGUGCUGGCCCUGACGCUGAUCACCGCCCUGGGCUGCUGCCUCCUGCUGCUGCUGCAGCUGCUGCUGCACGACAACACCACGAGGCCCUGACGCCGUGGGUGUCCUGACAUCACGGGGGAUGGCGUGGGUCACCUGACGCUGUGGGUGACAAGGUGGGUGACACCUGACGCUGUGGGUGACACGGUGGGUCACCUGACGUUGUGGGUGACACGGUGGGUCACCUGACGUUGUGGGUGUCACGGUGGGUCACCUGACAUUGUGGGUGACACGGUGGGUCACCUGACGUUGUGGGUGACACGGUGGGUCACCUGACGCUGUGGGUGACACGGUGGGUCACCUGACGUUGUGGGUGACACGGUGGGUCACCUGACGCUGUGGGUGACACGGUGGGUCACCUGACGCUGUGGGUGUCACGGUGGGUCACCUGACACUGUGUGGGUGACACUGUGUGGGUGACACGGUGGGUCACCUGACGCUGAUCACCGCCCUGGGCUGCUGCCUCCUCCUGCUGCUGCUGCACGACACCACUAGGCCCUGACGGUGAUGGCGUGAGUCACCUGACACUGUGUGGGUGAUGCUGUGGGUGAUGCCGUGGGUGAUGCCGUGGGUGAUGCCGUGGGUGACGCCGCGGGUGAUGCCGCGGGUGACGCCGCGGGUGAUGCCGCGGGUGAUGCCGUGGGUGACGCCGUGGGUGACACCGUGGGUGAUUGGCGCUGUGGGUGACGCCGCGAGUCCCCUGACACUGGGGCCAGGGGGGCCGCCAAGAACAACGCGGCCCACUGCGUGUGACACGCCACUUUAUUGUUGUCGUGAUGCACGAGUCUGCCCCCCCCCCCACCCAC